GAAGUACGUCACCUUCCUCUUCCGCCGCGGCUCCGGCGCCUGAAACACGAGUGUUCAUCUUUUCGUUCUUUACGCGAGGCGCAGAUAACACACUGGACCAAUUGGCGACACUUUGCUGACAAAAAUGAGACCCAUCCUGCUCCAGGGCCACGAGAGGUCCAUCACUCAGAUAAAGUACAACAGAGAAGGAGACCUGCUCUUCUCUGUCGCUAAAGACACAGUCACCAACGUUUGGUACUCUGUGAACGGAGAGCGGCUCGGCACCUACAAUGGACACACAGGAGCCGUGUGGUGUGUGGACUGUGACUGGGACACUAAGAAUGUUUUGACAGGAUCAGCCGACAACAGCUGUCGACUGUGGGACUGUCAGACCGGUAAACAGCUGGCUCUGCUGGAAACCAACUCAGCUGUCAGGACGUGUGGCUUCGACUACAGCGGGAACAUCAUCAUGUUCUCCACAGACAAGCAGAUGGGAUACCAGUGCUUCCUGAACUUCUUCGACCUGAGGGACCCUCAGCAGAUUGAGGACAACCAGCCCUACCAGUCGAUACCGUGCAACGACCAUAAGAUCACCAGCGCUGCGUGGGGGCCUCUGGGAGAGUUCGUCAUCGCAGGACAUGAGAACGGAGAGUUCAACCAGUUCAGCGCCAAGGAUGGAGAGAUCCUGAAGAAGGUCAAGGAGCACACCAAGCAGAUCAACGACCUCCAGACGUCAGUGGACCUCACCAUGUUCAUCAGCGCCUCCAAGGACAACACCGCCAAGCUGUUUGACUCCGCUACUAUGGAUCACAUCAAGACCUUUAAGACGGAGAGACCCGUCAACUCUGCUGCCAUCUCCCCCAUCAUGGAUCAUGUGGUGAUGGGAGGUGGACAGGAGGCCAUGGAGGUCACCACGACCUCCACCAGGAUCGGAAAGUUUGAGGCCAGGUUCUUCCAUGCUUGCUAUGAAGAGGAGUUCGGCAGGGUCAAAGGUCAUUUCGGACCCAUUAACUGUGUGGCGUUCCACCCUGAUGGAAAGAGCUACGCCAGUGGAGGAGAGGACGGCUACACGAGGAUUCAUUGCUUUGACCCACAGUACUUUGACUUUGAGCUGGAGGCCUAAACAGACGACCACAGCUAACAGGAAGGAGCAUCACAGCUAACAGGAAGGAGCAUCACAGCCAAACACCUCGCCCUCAGUCAGAUGUCUGAGAGGCUUCUUGGUGUUUUUUAAGUCAUUUUCUAACAUCAAUUGGGGUCUGUUUAGUGGGAUCCAAAGUCCUUUCUUUAAACCCUGGAUCUGCAGAGUUAUCCGGACUGACUGGACUUCAAAACCCACACUCCCUGAUUCCCAACUCUAUUUAAUCUGAUUCUGCAUUCUCUCGUUUCUGUUGUAAGCCAUUCAACAAGUCACCAUAAAAUUACUGAUAUCAA